GAGGUACAGUCAACGUUAACUCGUUCAACGCAACGCAUCCAGCAGCUAUUCUUUGUGUGACAACACAGACCUUCAAACAAACAAUCCCAUUUGCCAAAAUGUUCCGAUUGGUGGUGUUGUCCGCUGUUCUUGCCGUGUCCGCUGCUGCCCCCCACGCUACCGUGGUGGCUUCGGCGCCUGUGGCCGCGUAUCACUCGGUGGCGGCGGUCCCGACCGUGCUGGCCCAGAAGGAGAUCUCGUACCAGAAGAGCAUCAUCGAGGAGCCAACCGUGGCCCAUGUCGGUAACAUCGAGAAGAAGAUCCCGACCGGAUUCUCGCACCAGAGCUUCACCCAGUACCACAACAAGCAGGUUGCCGAACACGUGUACGCUCCGGCCGUGAAGAAGACCAUCGUCGAGACCCCCGUUGAGAAGACCACCUACACCCACGGUUACGCCGCUGCCCCAGCUGUCACUUAUGCCGCUGCCCCUGCCAUCACCUACGCCGCUGCUCCGGCCAUCAAGACCGCCUACGUCGAGGCCGCCCCAGCCCUGACCUACGCCGCUGCCCCUGCUCUGUCAUACGCCGCCCAUGGUCUGAACUACGCCGCUGCCCCAGCUCUGUCGUACGCCGCCCAUGGACUGACCUACGGCGCUGCUCCGGCUCUGACGUACGCUGCCCCGGCCGUGUACGCCAAGUACUAAGCAGUUUCCGUGUAGUUGACUGUCGUCAGGCCAAAUUUUAACGAUCGCGGGUGAUACUACUUUUUCUUUUGUUCGCAAUUUUUGGAUUGUUUUCGUGUGAAAGAUGAGAAAAGUAAAACAGACUGGGAAGUAGCUUAAAUUAAA